AAGAUAAUUUAAAUAGAUAUAACCUGAAUGAAUAUGAAAAAAAAUUAGAUUAAAAAAUUAUUUUAGAUGCCGAAACAAAUUAAGAGUGUUAAGGUGUUAAGAGUGCAUUAGUACAUUCCUUUUAAGGACGCGUAAGUUUUAAAACUCUCAAAGUUGGAGCCAAUAUUUUCUACAUAAAUUUUCUUCAAACUUUGACCAUUACACAACACGGCACUUUAAAUAUCAUUCUUUUCUUCCUAUUCAUACAAAAUUCCCAAAUGACAAUGGCAACCCAAUUUUCACUCGCCUUCCUAAUAUUCUCAUCUCUAAUCGUCUCUGCUCAGCCUCAAGAUUUAAACUUUGUCUUCCAUGGAUUCAAAGGAAACGAAACCGAUCUCAAAAGAGAAGGAGGUUCCAUCAUCAAAAACAAUGGUGAACUCAGACUCACAAACCGAUCACAGAACGUCAUCGGCCAUUCAUUCUAUUCAAAACCCAUUCAAAUGUUUAAUCCCAACUCUUCUUCUUACCCAAACGUCUCUUCUUUCAGUACCCAUUUCGUCUUCGCCAUUGUCAACCGGGGUUCCGACCCAGGUGGGUACGGUCUCGCUUUCACCAUUGCUCCAAAGACCCGAUUCCCUGGAGCUGAAGCAGGCCACUUUCUCGGCCUUUUCAACUCCAGAAACGAUAAUGACUCAACCAACCAUGUAUUCGCCGUCGAAUUCGAUACAGUUAAUGGGUACAACCAACUCACUGACACGAGUGGAAACCAUGUCGGAAUCAACAAAAAUGGGAUGGAUUCUUUGACUUCUAAACCGGCGGCUUACCAUUCAGGAGGAAGUGAUGAAGAGGUUGAUUUAGAGAGCGGAGAUCCGAUUCAAGCGUGGAUUGAUUACGAUGGUAAAACUGGUUUGGUUAAUGUAACAGUUGGACCUGAAUCUUUAGACAAGAAACCGAGCCAACCCCUUAUGUCUCACUGGAUAAACUUAACAGAGGUUUUUUUGCCAAAUAUGUAUGUUGGGUUUUCUUCAUCGACGGGAAUGAAAUCCAGUUCUCAUUACGUUUUGGGUUGGAGUUUCUCCUUAAACGGUGAAGCUCCGCCAUUAAAUCUCUCCUUACUUCCAAAACCCCCAAAAGAGAACACACCCAGUUCUUUAAAAACAAGUACCGUUGUUCUAAUCGCCGUUCUGUCUACUCUGGUUCUGACCCUUUUGGGGGUUCUCUUCAUACUCACACUUUACAAAAGAAUUAUGCCAUUUGAGCGUCUUGAAGAUUGGGAAUUGGAUUGUCCACACAGGUUUCGAUAUAAAGAUCUUUACUUGGCAACAAAAGGUUUUAAAGAAACAGAGAUCGUCGGAGUUGGUGGUUUCGGCGCCGUUUUCAGAGGUGUUAUACCGACGACCGGAGUUGAAAUCGCCGUUAAAAAGAUCACGAGAAGUUCUAAAGAGGGUAUGAAAGAAUUCGCAGCUGAGAUUGAAAGUUUGGGAAGAUUAAGGCAUAAGAAUUUGGUUAAUCUUCAAGGUUGGUGUAAAAAAAAGAACAAUCUUUUAAUCGUCUACGAUUACAUCCCAUACGGUAGCCUAGACUCGCUUAUAUUUCACCCCAAAGACGACGUCGUUUUGGGUUGGGAACAAAGGUUUAACAUCAUCAAAGGUGUUGCUUCUGGGCUUUUGUAUCUUCAUGAAGAGUGGGAACAAGUUGUGAUUCAUAGAGAUGUGAAAUCGAGUAAUGUUUUAAUCGAUUUAGAUAUGAAUCCAAGGCUUGGUGAUUUUGGUUUAGCAAGGAUUCAUGAUCAUGGUGAGUUGUCUCACACCACUGGUGUUGUUGGCACGAUUGGGUAUAUAGCUCCUGAGUUGGCUCGUGUUGGAAGGGCUUCGACUUCUACUGAUGUUUUUGCUUAUGGGGCUUUGCUUCUUGAAGUUGCUACUGGGAAAAGGCCUAUUGGGUCUGGUCAUUUUGUGCUUGUGGAUUGGGUUAUGGAGUGUUUUGAAAAGAGCCGUUUGCUUGAUGUUGUGGAUCAGAAAUUGGGCUUGGAGUUUGUUGUUAAAGAGAUGGAGUUGGUUCUUAAGUUGGGCUUGCUUUGUUCUCAUUAUAGGCCCGAAUGUCGGCCCAAUAUGAGGCAAGUGAUUAGGUACUUGAAUUGGGAAGAAGAGCUUCCUAUGAUUGAGAAUUGGGGUGUGUUUGAUUCUGGACGUAAGAGUGAAUUAGAUUCAAAGUUUAUGCAAGGAAUUUCUAAUGAUAAAAUUAGAUCAUACAGGUCUUCAUCUCUUGGUGCUAUCUCUUACAGUUCUUUCGAUGCCGGUAGAUAAAUAAUAAUAAUAAUAAUAAUAAAAAAGAAAAUGGUUCGUACAUUGUUGCUAUAUUUAUUCUCUUUUUAACUUAAAUUCUUUCUCGUGAAAAUUCUUUUCUUUCUUCCAUACCAUAAAGUCUUUUUUUGUUAGAUAGAUUUAUAUCGUAACAGUGUUGUUCAGAUGUUACAUGAAUACGAUUAAUUGAUGUUAAUAACACCAUAUGAAAAGUUGUACCACACCAUCUCCAUACUGUAUUAUUAAUAAUAACUUCGAUGACAUUUUUUGGGAUA